UUAACAAAACCACCACGCCGCCUUUUAGGAACCUUGGAAAUCGGACAACCCGGACGGCGUUGACGUCAUUGUCCAUUGUGAGCAAAACGGCAAACGCGCGUGACGUCGUGGACCACACCCGGGUGUCAAAGUUGGUGAUAAGCAGUAAAUAAUAAGUAUCUUUCGCCGUUUUACGUAGUGGGUCUCCAAGUCCCCACCCCACACCAAACGAGAAACCGGAAGUUUCGAUUUCCAAGGGAAAAGGAACGCACCAUCAGACUUGAGGCAGCAUUUUGACAAAGAGAGAAGAUGUUCGCCAUCACCGUUAAAAGUUUCUUUUUACCGAGGCUAUUUUUUUUAAAAGUUGUCUUUAGAUGAAUAACCCAUUCGGUUCGUAGUCAUUCACUGACAGCGCUUGCAUUUAGGGGAUUUGCGUAAAUAAACAAUGGCUGGAGUUUAAUGCUGCACUUUAUGAAAACAAUGGAUCCAUGUGGAGUUGCGCACAGGAGGAAAGUGGACGUAGCUGUUGUGAGGCCAAGGGUUACAGACCAUGUUGAGCAGGUCUGUUUUAAAACUCUGGACCUCAACAAGGUGAUCCACCUCCUUGAAGACUCCCUGACAGCACACAUGCAGGAGAGGCACAUUUUUGUGCUGAAGAAGGUACUCAGGAGAAGACACCACGGCUUUCUGCUGAGGGAGCUGGCCUGCAUCACCAGAAUCCUGCACGCCUGUGCAGAGAAGGCCAUGGACCAACCUGAGUAUUCCAGCAUUUUGUGCGAGGCGCUUCAGAUUUGCAGGCUCCCCUUCCUGAAGGAGAGGGUGUCCGACGAGCUGAUCUACGCUCAGGAUGUCAAAGAGUUCCUCUCUCACAUGGGCUAUCUGAUGAGGGUGCCGGACGCAGAGGUGAGGCACCGGGUAGUCGAAUCGGUCAAGUCCUUCUACACCUGCGCCGCUCCCAGCAAACAGACGCACGACGGGCCUCAGCCGACGUCCCCGGGCUACAGGCUGCAGCUGCUGGAGCGCAGCGACCUGGCCCAGACGCUCUUUCUCUCCAUGGCGGCGCUGGAGGAGCAGCCCGCCAUCAAGCUGCUGCUCCUGCAAACACUUCAGAUCCUCUCCAGCUCGUCUGAUAUGAACUGUGCUUUAAUGCUGAGCGUUCGAGGGGUCGAAACCAUCUGCCUCCACAUGAACGAGUUCGACCCCAGCGGGCAGUUCCUGUUCUACUCUUCCGAAAUCCUCUGGAACCUUCUGGAUCGAGGCAGCAAGACCGAGGUGGCCGCCCAGCUCAGCAGCAUGGAAUGUGCCUUAUCUCUCAAAGAAGCGUUCUCUCACCUCCUGCUGCACAGCGCCCGGCACGCUGACGUCCAUGUCCGGAACGACCUGCUCGUGUUGACGACUCUCUUUGCCGAGUACUCCAGCCAUCUGCUCAUUGAGAGCUCCUUCGCCAAGCUGCUGGUGGCUCUCAGCACUUCUCCCGAGCUGAAGAGUCACAACCCUGUGGUGGGCAAGCUGAAGCUGAGCUGCAGCAUGGAGGACCUGCAGAUGAAGAAGCUGCUGUUGAAUCUGCUGGUGUUGAUGUCCAAAGACUCAGCGGCCAUCCAGAUAUUCAAAGAAGAGCAGGUGAUGCUGGCUCUACUCGCGCUCAUCAAGCCGCCCGCCGCCGCCCCCUCCGACUCCUGCGAGGCCCGGCCGAAAUCGCGUGACUGGUCCCCCGUGCAGCACGAGGAGCUCCAGCUGCAGGCGCUGGCCGUCCUGGCCACCGUGGCCCCGCUCAUGCUGGACCAAUUCAUGUCCUCUUACGGCACCGUGGCCCUGCUGCACCUGCUGGACUGGUGCACCGGGCCAGACACCUUCUUCGGACACGGCCACAGCUUCCAUGCCACCGGAGGGCGAGGCGGUAAGAGGGCUCACAUGCGCCACUGCCUCAGACUGAUGAGGUCCGUGACCUCGCUGGCCGAGAAGACCCUCAACCAGGACCUGUGUGACCAGGGCGCCAUCCACCUGCUCUUGGGCCUCCUGAUGCAGAUGGAGGCGAGCCCCGACGAAGAGGAUGCGGUUACCGUGGAGAUGAAGUCCGACAUGCAGCUCAUCAUUUCCGCCCUGUGUGAGAGCGACGUGCACAGGAAGGAGCUGUUCGGGACCGAGGGCGUGGACAUGGUGGUCCACUUCCUGAGCCGAGGAUCCGGCAUGUUCUACAGCGGUCUGGGUCACAACAAACUCCUCCUCUCCACGUUGGUGUGUGUGCGGCUCUGCAUUGUUGGCUGCUACACCACCGAGGACUACUUCUUGACCCGAGACGGCGCCAAGCUUCUCCUCGACCUGCUCAUUUCGAGUCCCAAGUGUGUGCACGCCGUCCUCCUCGCCGCCGUGCUGGAGCUGUGCGACAACCCCAACACCGUCCCUGACGUCCUGGCCUGGAGGCACGCGGACAGCGGGCGCGCGGCUCCCAGCCUCCUGCUGCACGUGUGGAGGCGGGAGGAGGCGGAGCUAGGGGUCAGCAGAAACCAACACGGCGGCAUCGCAGAUCCCAAACAGCCCAUCCUGGGUCACCGACCUCUGGAGGACGAGGAUCUGAUGUCCACACCGAACGCCCCGAGUGCUGCCGUGCUGGAGAUCCAAGAGAACCUCCAGGCUAAGAUUUACUUGAUCUUCUGCAAAAUGGGUUUCCAGGACCUUCCAGGACUGUCCGUAAAAGAUCACGUGACCUUGUGCCUCAUCAAACGAUACCUUGACUUCAAGGUGGCCGAUGUGUGGGACGAGAUCGACCGGGAGCUGACCCUGGAGGCCGUGAGACCCGUCACGCCCGACCAGGAGACUUUGCGCGUGGCCCGCCAGAUGUCGCAGCACACGGCCGAGGCGGUGGCCGCCGAGCAGGAAGGCGUCCUGCAGGAGCAAGUCAGGACCGCCAGCCAAGAGGAGGAACUUCUUUAUGAGGAGUUGAAGUCUCACUGGAAGCAACGGCAACUCGCAGCGAUGUCUUGGAGCGACUUUGUUUCCAGGACUUCCAACUACGACACGCUGAAGGACAUCAAGGAGCAGAGGGAGAAAAACGCCGAGGAGGUCCGAUCGAUGGAGGAGGACGUUGCGCCGCGUCCCGAGGAGCUUUUCAUCGGCCAAAUGGUGGUGAGCGAGGACGGCGGCGCUCGGGCCAUCAAACUGACCAAGACUCCCCUGAUGGCGGCGGCGCAGGAAGAAGCUCUCCUCUCCAAACGUGAACGCCUGCGAUUCUGUAGCUCUGUUCCUGUCAAAGACUGACGUGUCCUCUUCUUGGAGGAAUUACAGCAGGAGUGUCCAAAGUGCGGCACGGGGGCAUUUUGCGAGCCACAGCUCAUUGUUUAAAUGGCCCCGCAUUUUUGUCAAACUACAGUUGAAACCAAAAAAACAAUGACUGUAAAAAGGCUAAAAAAAAAAAUACUAAGAACAUGACAUUGACUGGCAAAACAACAAUAAAAAUUGCACCAUGCUGAUGUUAGCAUGAUAACUUUAGCAUACUAACAGUUAGCAUGUGUCAAGUACCAAAUGAUAUGACCCUGAGUGAACGCCUUUAAAAUUAGUUAAAAAAAAGAAGUUAGCAUGCUAAUGUUAGCAUGGGUCAAUUACCAUGUUAUAUGACACUGAAUGAACAGCUGCAAACUUGUGAAAAAAUUUAGCACGUGUCGAGUAUCACGUUAUAUGACCUUGAGCGAACGGCUGCAAAAUUUGCGGAAAAAAAAAAAAAGUUAGAAUGCGUCGAGUACCUAGUUAUAUGAACGUGAGUGAACGGCUGCAAAAUUAGUGAAAAAAGUUAGCAUGCUAACAGUUAGCAUGUGUCAAGUACCAUGUUGUAUGACACUGAGUGAACGGCUGCAAACUUGUGAAAAAUGUUUAGCACGCGUCGAGUAUCACGUUAUAUGACCUUGAGCGAACGGCUGCAAAAUUUGCGGGGGAAAAAAAAAAAAAAGUUGGCAUGCGUCAAGUACCUAGUUAUAAGAACGUGAGUGAACGGCUGCAAAAUUAGUGAAAAAAGUUAGCAUGCUAACAGUUAGCAUGUGUCAACUACCAUGUUGUAUGACACUGAGUGAACGGCUGCAAAGUUGUGAAAAAAUUUUGCACGCAUCAAGUAUCACGUUAUUUGACCUUGAGCGAACGGCUGCAAAAUUUGGGGGGAAAAAAAAAAAAAGUUAACAUGCGUCGAGUACCUAGUUAUAUGAACCUGAGUGAAUGGCUGCAAAAUUAGUGGAAAAAGUUAGCAUGUGUCAAGUACCAAGUUAUAUGACCCUAAGUGAACAACUGCAAACUAGUGAAAAAAGUUAGCACGUCAAGUAUCAAGUUAUAUGACCCUGAGUGAACGCCUGCAAAAUUAGUUUAAAAAAAGUUAGCAUGUUAACAGUUAGCAUGUGUCAAUUACCAUUUUACAUGACACUGAGUGAACAGUUGCAAACUUGUGAAAAAAUUUAGCACGCGUCAAUUUUUAAGUUAUAAGACCUUGAGUGAACGGCUGCAAAAUUUGCGGGGGAAAAAACAAACAAGUUAGCAUGCGUCGAGUACCUAGUUAUUUGAACCUGAGUGAAAGGCAAAAUUAGUGAAAAAAGUUAGCAUGUGUCAAGUACCAAGUUAUAUUACCCUAAGUGAACAACUGCAAACUAUUGAAAAAAGUUAGCAAGUCAAGUAUCAAGUUAUAUGACUAUGAGUGAACGGCUGCAAAAUUUGCGGGAAAAAAAGUUAGCAAGCGUCGAGUACCUAGUUAUAUGAACCUGAGUGACUGGAUGCAAAAUUAGUGAAAAAAGUUAGCAUAUGUCAAAUACCAAGUUAUAUGAUCCUUAGUGAACAACUGCAACAUUUGUGAAAAAAUUUAGCAUGCUAACAGUUAGCCUGUGUCAAGUACCAAGAUAUAUGACCGUGAGUAAACAGCUGCAAACAAGUGAAAAAGGUUAGCAUGCGUCAAGCAUCAAGUUAUAAGACCCUGAGUGAACAGCUGCAAAAUUAGCGAAAAAAGUUAGCAUGCUUUGAGUACCAAAUUAUAUGACCCUGAGUGAACGGCUGCAAAAUUUGUGGAAAAAGUUAGCAUGUGUCAAGUACCAAGUUAUAUUACCCUAAGUGAACAACUGCAAACUAGUGAAAAAAGUUAGUACGUCAAGUAUCAAGUUAUAUGACCCUGAGUGAACGGCUGCAAAAUUUGCUGAAAAAAAAGUUAGCAAGCGUCGUGUACCUAGUUAUAUGAACCUGAGUGACCGGCUGCAAAAUUAGUGAAAAAAGUUAGCAUGUGUUAAAUACCAAGUUAUAUGAUCCUAAGUGAACAACUGCAAAAUUUGUGAAAAAAUUUAGCAUGCUAACCGUUAGCCUGUGUCAAGUACCAAGAUAUAUGACCGUGAGUAAACAGCCGCAAACAAGUGAAAAAGGUUAGCAUGCGUCAAGCAUCAAGUUAUAAGACCCUGAGUGAACGGCUGCAAAAUUAGCGAAAAAAGUUAGCAUGCUUCGAGUACCAAAUUAUAUGAUCCUGAGUGAACAGCUGCAACAUGAGUGAAAAAAGUUAGCAUGUGUCAAGUACUAAGUUAAAUGAUUCUGAGUGAACGGCUGCAAAAUUAGUGAAAAAAGUUAGUAUGCGUCGAGUACCUAGUUAUAUGAACCUGAGUGAACCGUUGCAAAAUUUGUGAAAAAAGUUAGUAUGCUAACAGUUAGCAUGUCUCAUGUACCAAAAUCUAUGACCGUGACUAAACAGCUGCAAACCAGUGAAAAAGGUUAGCAUACGUCAAAUAUCAAGUGUAUAUAUGACCCUUGGUGAACGGCUGCAAAAUUAGUGAAAAACGUUAGCAUGCUAACAGUUAGCUGGUGUCAAGUUAUACAACUCUAAGUGAACGGCUGCAAAAUUACUGAAAAAAGUUAGCAUGCAUCAAGUUUCAACUUAUAUGACCCUGAGUGAACGGCUGCAAAAUUAGCGUAAAAAAAUGUUAGCAUGUUAGCAAGUACCGAGUUUUAAAAUUAGCUAAAAGUGCUAGGGUCCCAAAAAUGCACUUUGUUGUACAAAGCUGACAUGUGGGAGGUUUUGUUGAUUAUUUUAAUACUUUUUUUUUUUUUUUUAACACAUUUUCCUUCACUAAAUCACUUUUUCCAGCACGCCGUCCUGUGAGGGAACAUUUGGACACCCCUGAUUUUUAGUCAUGUUUUUUUUUUCUUUUUUCUAGGUAUAUCUUAUUAUAGAAUGUGUAAUAUUGCAGUGUGAUAAUGACAAGUGUAUUUUAUAGCAUUUUUUUGAAUUGGUAAGC